CCCUGGCCUAUAUUGUACAAUAUUUGCAUGUAGUUCAUAAUUAUUAUUCAAAAUACAAUCAAUCAUUAGGUAUGGUGUUGAUCAGUUUAUAUUGAUAUCUCCUGAUGAGAAGAGUCAUGCAAUAUCAAGUGAAGCUCAGUCCAAACUAUUACUCAGUUCAAUAUCUCUGGCUGUAGCUAACACUGGAUGUACAUUGCCUAUAUUCAUUCAGAUACAGAAGAAUUGGCGUCACAUGUUUAGCGGACAGUGUGAGGGGUGUGGUCUCCGUACGUGUUUUGAAAUGAUACAUUUGAGACAUAUUCCACCUCACUUUAGUCACCUCUCAGGACUACUGAACUUAUUCCGAUCAAAACUGAAUGGUGUGAAUGUUAAUCCUCCUGAUAUUAAUAUUGCUGCUAGACUAACAUAUUGUCUAAGACAUUGGAAUGUGGAGGAUUGGCCAGUGGGUCCACUCUCGUCUGGUGAUGGGAGUGAUUGUUUCCUUAGUCUGCCAGUAGGAGCAAGUUCUGAUCCUAUACAGGAGAUUCAUCUUUGUGCUGUUUGGCCUCUACUAACUGAAUUAACAGUCACUGACAAUGAAACUAAUUCAGGGUUUGAUCCAUUCAAUGCUCCUAAAUGGAGCAUCAGGACACAGUUACUUGAUAAUCCAGGAUUAUUACUGAGUAAGGAUUAG